CAAGGAUCAAACCGACCUGCAGUCCGUCCUUAUCUCAGAGCCGCUUCCUUUAGAACAAGAUGAUUCUGCUGCUCUGUCUGCUUUACUUGAUCUGUGGAGAACCUGUUUGGAGUCUGAAGGAAGAAAAGUUCACAGUUAAAGAGGACAUUCAACAGGUGGCCGUGGCUAACAACAGUCUUUAUGUCGCUACAGUAAAGACACUUUAUCGGUGGGUCAACCUGAAUGUGGAUCCCAGCCAGAGCCCUGAGACGGCUCAGCUUCCCGCAAAUUUUAGCAUUUACGUGUUCUUAUUUGAUAAGAACAACAGAUUGAUCAGCUGUGGUGUGAAUGAAAAACGAAACUGUUACUGUGAGAUUCGGGACCAGAAGAACAUCAAAAAAACUGUUUACAGUAAAUCCAUCCAGGUGGGACCUCAGAGGAGCAGCAGUGGGUCUGUCAGCUUUCUGGUGGAUGUGAAGGAGGAUUCAGGUCAGACUGAGACUUACAUUCUGACAGCAAUAAAGAACCCGAGAGACAAGACAAAGUGUAGCACUGAUUUAAAGACAAUCAACCUUCAAAACACUGAUCAAAACCAGCCUGGGGAAAUAUUUUCCUGGUCUGGUCAAUCAGGUGAUAAACCUGGGAUCCAAACUGAAGCUGAUGUAGAGUUUGUGGACGGAUUCCAGAUCAACUCAACAGUGUAUCUGUUCUCCAACGUGGCAUCAGGAGGUAAAACCAACAAAGUCCGUCUGAUCUGGCUUCAGGCUAAAACCAACAAAACUCAGACUCUGGAGUCUCUUCAUGGAGCGACUCUCAGUUCCUCUGGAGGCAGCAGACUGCUGGCCUCCUCGGUCGUCCCAGGUGGACAGCAGGUCCUGUGGAGUGGAGUGUUCAGUGUGGACGGAGGAGAAAGCAACACUGAGCUGCUGCUGUUUGACGUCAGUCCUGAUCUCAGCAGGGAGGCAAACACAGAUCCUGACUUUUAUACAUUGGUGGACAAGCCAAAAAACCCGUCAGAACCAAAGUCCCUAGAACCGAAGGCUGUUCUGUUCAAGAAGAAAUACAUGAACUCUGUGUUGGCGGUGAAGCAGGACAGCUGGACGGUUUUCUUCAUUGGAACAAGCAACGGGCAGCUCAUUAAGCUUCCUGUGGACAAGAACAAUCGCCCAGCAUGUCCAAAGGAGCACUACAGGGCCAGUGGUAAUGAGAAAAUUUUUUCAAAAAUCCUUCUGGACCCAGUGGAUCAUAAAUACAUAUAUCUGCAGUUUAAAAAACAGAUUGAGCGCGUAACAGUGUUGAACUGCGGAGAAUACACGAGUGCGGAGGAGUGUCGUACGGAUCCAUUCUGUGUCUGGUGUGUCUCUGAGGAAAGCUGCACAUUUAGUAAAGAUGAGUGCAAAGACGACUGGAUGUCCAUCCCUGAUGAAUACCAACAGGAAGUGAUUUCCUACAGAGCUGACAAGGACUCCACUGGACAGGUCAAAGUAGUCAUCAAAGUUCACCUGACUGUGGCACAGAAGAUUCGGUCUGAACUUACCUGUGAGUUCGUCACAAACCUUCGCUGGCAUUGUCUGCCACAACCUCAGUACCCACAAUGCACCUGCAUUCUCUCUGACGAGUUUAAUGCUGAAGAACUUGAUGUCACUGUAAAUAUUGCAUUCAACAAAACAACACUGACGAAGCAUCUAAAGCUAUUCGACUGUUCUGACAUUUCACUCUCGUGUCAGCAGUGCAUCAGAGCCGGAUGUGGCUGGAGGGAGAGCCGCUGUACCUGGGACAGUGAAGGAGUGCGGAAUGACAGUGUUUGCCGAAAGUCCACCUCUCAGGGAAACCUUGUGCGGCCGGGGAACAUCUCCGUCUUUCCCAGUCGUGUGUCUUACUACGGCAGAAAUAACGCUACUUUGAGAGGUCACAACCUCACAGAUGUGAUUGCCGUCAAGGUCCACGCAGAAAUGGACUGUUCCCCACAGGAAUCUCCAGUUUGGAACAACACUGGUGAGAGUCUGACGUUCCACAUUCCCAGUAGAACCAAUGAAGCUGAAGCCAAAGUGUGUGCUGUCCUGUCUGAUGGGAGUUGCCACGGCGAAGCUGAUAUAACCUACCAGUCAGCGCCAUCUUGUACUGAACGGUUACCUGUCUUUACCUGGAGAAGUGGGAAGAGGAAGGUCACAAUUUUUGGAUCUUAUUUGGACUUUGUGGAAAUGGUCGUGCACUAUGCUGGCUCAGACAACUAUUACAAAGAAACAGUUCCUGAGAACAAAACCUUUGAGAAUCUCACCUAUGAAACACUUGACGGAAGAACUGCCUCAUGGUCCUACAGACUGUAUUUGAAAGUAGCCAAUGAAACAUUGUCUUGCUCUGCAAUAAACUACCAUCCAGAGCCACAGUUUCCCACAUUUGUAUCAAGGAGGACAGGAAACGAUGUCCAAGUUAUGAUCCAGUGUCUAGACGGGGGCCUGGAGAUGACAACAGAAGAGUUAUCAGUGUGGGGCUUAAAGGAUGGCAAGCAAUACCCCUGCAUCAUGAAGGGCAAAAAUAAAACGCAUACUGGGGCAAACUAUUUCAUCUGCCAAAUUCAAAACACAACUCAUGUCAAAUUUUCUCAGUUAAUGAUUAAAUAUGGACUAAUGACAGUUCAGGUGGGGAAUCCACCUCUGUUUGAUCAGUACCUUCUGAUGCUGCGCCUUCUGCUGGUUCCCUGUGGUACUGCAGUGCUGGUGAUUAUCUGUCAGUGCCUUGCUAUGAAGAACAAGCCCUGAUCCUUGGCGUCCUUCAUCCUCAGAGUUCCAGGAAAUAUGUCAUUUAUGAAAUGUUGGAUUCAUUGAUAUUAGAUAUGACAUAGCUUCUCGCAAGGAUUACCUUUAUGUUGAACAGUUUUGUAAUUUGUAAGUGGGAAACCUCUUCCAUGUUUUCAUUUCCCGCAAAUUCUUUGCCAUAUUAAAAGCCAACAGCCUCUGAGUGACCACCAUUAUGGUAGAAAGAGUUAUAGUUUAGAAUAAUGGAGAAAACUGCAGCAGGUUAAUGUAACUCAAUAACCUGCCAGAGUAAAACAUGGUGUUUAUCUCCAGACGCUGAGGCCUAGCAGCUUGCCGCUGUGUGUUUGUUCAGCUUCAUCAAAAGAACUGAGAGGUGGAGUCGUUCUGUUCUGUAAUUCUCCUGUUAAUGUCAAAUCAUCUUGAUCAGAGAUUGCAUGUUGUAUCAUACAAAUUCUUUUCUAGCUUAUUGCAAGUAACAAUGAAAUCUGAAAUGUGAUCAAGGGCAUAAAUGAUAAUCCUGUUGAUUUUAUGUAUAGACUGACAAAUAUUGCAAAACUAAACAGGUUUAUAUGCAUCUUAGAUCCUUUAAAAUAUAUAUUUACUCUUUGUCUUACGCUUGCUUGUUGAUAUUUGGAAAUGUAUGUAACAUAUUUCAAAAUCUGUGGCAGAAAUGAGUGAUUGCAUAAAUAUUCACCUCCUUCAAAGUGAGUGACCUAAUUCAGCAGAGGUCCAGCCCAGUGGUGACAGUCGUCUCCCAACCAGUGGCAUGGAGAUCAGCCGAGAGGAGAGAGUGUAUGGAUAGAAAAAACAUCUCUUAAGGCUGUGAACAUCCUGUUGGGUUCAGGUCAAAGAAUGGAAGGAUUGUGACCUUUGUGACGAUGUGCCUGGAUCAGACGACCUCACAACCCGAGAGACCGUGAAGAAGAAGAAGAACACAGACCCUGGGAGGGUCGGAAAGGACGAAGGUAAAAUGAAGAGCUACAGCUGAACACUGGCUGGAAGGAGGUGAAUAUUUAUACAAUCACUUAUUUCAUCUGACAUUUUUUAUUUGUCAAAGUCAGUUUUCACUUUAACACUUUGAGUUGUUUUUUUUUUUUCAUUUUUAUUGAUGUUUGAUUGUUAAAAGCAAUAAAAGGCGGUGAACACGUUUUGUAGGCAC